GCCCAUGCUGAAAAAGAAGAAGACUACUGGGACUCUGUACUCUGGAGUGAUGAGACCAAGAUAAAUGUUUUUGGAAUGGAUGGCUUCAAAACUGUAUGGUGUCACAAAGGUGAUAAGUACAAAGACAAAUGCAUGGUGCUUACAAUGAAACAUGGUGGUGGUGUCAGUGUUCUUCUGUGGGUCUGCAUGAGUGCUGCUGGUGUCGGGGUGCUGUAUUUCAUUGAUGGUAUCAUGAAUUCACAGAUGUAUUAUGUUGGAUGAGAAGUUUUCCAAUAUGACAAUGAUUUAAAACACACAUCUAAGGCCACUGUUGCAUUUCUGA